AUGCUACUUGACUUUCUCGCAUCAAGUUUAUCCCCGCCGCCUCCAACCAACACUCCCGAUCCUACCAACGGCGGCAACGACCCUACCACACCUCCUCCCGAGCCCACGACGCCCACCACUCCUCCUACCUCCAAGACUCCGGAUCCCACCCCAACCUCCAACACACAGCCACCACCUCCCGAUUCAACACCUGGCGAUGAAACGACGACACGGCCACCCGAUCCUGGUGAGACGAAGACUUCCGAUGACGUCGACAGGACGAGCGUGAUUGUGACGGUCAUCACGAGGCCCCCAUCUGGAACAGUACCUGGUACGACGACCACGGCAACUACGACUGGUGUCAUCGACGGGUCCAACGGAUCGGGCGGAAAGAGCAGCUUAAGCAACAGUGGCAAGAUUGCCAUCGCGGUUGUGGUACCUGUUGUCGCAGUCGCUCUGUUCCUCAUUGCUGCUAUCUGGUUCUGGAAGCGUAGAAAGGCGCGAAAGGACGCCGAGGAGGAGAGGCGCAAGGAGGUGGAAGACUACGCUUACAACCCCAAUGCCGACCCCACCAUCCCCGCUGUCGGUCUUGUGGGUGGCAGCGGAGACGGCCCCUACGAAAUGAGGGAGGAGGCUUCGUCGGGAUACCGCGGUUGGGGUUCGACGGCGGCCCCCAGCUCGACCGGACAAAGGCUCCGACCACCCUUUCUGGUGGAUAUACAGGUGUGGCCUAUUCCGAUGCCACCUCGCCGCCUUAUGCACAUGUAUCUGACACGCGCUCAGGCGAACCCCUCAUGGAUGGAACCCCCGCGCGACGGCUCCUACUCGCCCGAAGGCGAGAUCUUGGGCGCCAUGGGUCCUUCGGCGGCUGCCAACCGCGGCGAUAUCCGCCGCGGUCCUUCCAACGCUUCGUCGUCCUAUAGCGCGGGUGCGCGCUCUGAUGGCUCCGAUGGCGGAAUGGGAGGGGCUUACCCGAACCAAUACUACGAUCAGUAUGGCGGCGGUAACCCCUACGCCAACGAGGUGUACGGAGGACAGCGACCCGCAGAGGUUCCCGGCCAGCCCGUCAUCCGCGACAACCCCGCUCGUCGAAACACGCGCAUCGAGAGCCCGUCUCAUUAUCCUCAGCAAAGCGCCGGCAUCUCGCAAAACUUUUAA